AUGAUUCUGUCAAGGCCGGUGACGGAAGUCUCUUUGCUCCUAUGGGUUUUCUGGCCGACCACGAACAUCCCCCGUCUCGCUCAGACUCCAGCCCGAUCGUUCGCGUACCACGUGUUCCGGCGGAGUGCUGCAGAGGAGGGACCCAUAGGUUUUCUCCAGAUCUCGCAGACGCUGGAGCUGUUGGAACCCGUUCCGGGGAAACUGGGCGCUGAGGUCACUGCCAAGGCUGUGAGGUAUGACCAGGUGGGUGAGUCGGUGGAGAGGAUUGGCGGGUUAAGGCCGGAGAGGAUUGUGCUUGUAGAUUUUGGCGCGCGGGCGGGGACGCUUGCGCAGUUGGUUGAGUGUAUUAAGGGUCAUUCGCCGAUUGUCCAGGUUGGCUCGGAGCAGAUCUACUCUGCCGACGACACCAAAGAAAACCGCGAGUCCAUGCAAAUAAUGGGCAAGAUCCAGUUCAACACCUCUGGGGUGCGCGAUUCCGCCGUCGAACAGACCAGGCGCAAGAUUAUUACGGCCACGUCAAGCCUGUGUUACGCUUGGUCGGGAUGUAUCCGGCGAUGA